UUUCACUUUUAAGAUGAUCUUUUGGAAAAUAAAAAAGAGUCCGUGCCCGAUAAAAAACCUCAAGACCUCCUAUUCGAUAAAACCUAAUAUCUCCCUCUCUCACGCAGCUCUCGCAGCCCACUCCUAUCUCUUGCAGCUCUCUCCGUCUCUCUGGCUCUCUCAAGCAUCUUUCUGUCUCUCUUGCUCUCGCUUUCUUCUCUCUCUCUAUCUCUUGCUCUCAGGGUUCUGUUGGUCAGACUUAUACGCAGAUUUGGUGAAGGGCUUUGUGACCUCCAUUAUUUGUUUUAACAGACAAUUAUGGGGCAGAUGUUAAAACUUGGCAUAUCCUUCCUUUCACUGUAGUGGUGCAUUCAACAGGCAUUCUCAUUUUUUGAGAGAAGUGUGGACAUUGUCAGGAAAAGAUGGUGAGGCCGAGGCAAUAGGCUUGAUGCAAGGAUUAAUCAAGGCACAAGCAUGGCGGAUGGAAACAGAACAAGUGUGGAGCGAUGCAAAGGAAAUUGGGUGGCUACUUCAAAACAAUCAGGACCUGUUACUCAACCUUUGGCCUAGAACUUUAGUAAUAAUAUUUUAUAAUGCAGCAAUAGUGCAAUGGCUAAUAACCAGGUGGCUGCACACUGGACCCAGGCUGAGACUGAUGAAUUUGUUAAAAUAAUGAUUGACAACGUUAAAAAGGGAAAUAAGACUAAUUCAACUUUUAGCAAAAAUGGUUGGACUGAUAUUAAGGAGCGAUUAGAGUCAGUUGUGAGUUGAACAUUUACUAGAGAACAACUCCGGAACAAGAAAUUGCUGGAAACUACGGGUUUUGGAUGGAAUCCAAUAACCAAGACAGCAACAGGUGAUGAUACAGUAUGGGAAAAUGCUUUACAGGCAAAUCCAGGGUGGGGCAAAGUGUAAGAAGAAUGGGUUACCACAUUGGCCUGAGCUACAGAUGAUCUUUGGAGAUUCAAAUGCAAGUGGAGAUAGGGAAACUAAUCAGGAUGAGGAAGAUUUUGGUGAGACACAGAUGAACCAAGAUCCACAAACACCUCUCAAUAUGAGUUUGGAAGACAUAGAAGAUGAUUUGGAGAUGACUAACCCUUCCAAGCGUAGGCUUGACAGAACUCCUACUGGACGUAGGAAGAAGAGUUCAACCACAAAUGUGAAUCGUGUAAUGAAGAAUCUCGAUAAAUUUUGUAGUUGGAGAAUGGAGUUGGGUGUCAAUCCAAAAAUCACAUCUGCAGGACAAACUAACCAACCUUGUGGAUCAGCGAUAGCUCUGGUAGUAUUAAUACCUACCACAAUUGAUCAAAGUGUGGUUGGUUGUCAAGCCUUGCUGGACUCCAUACCUGAUUUGCCACAUGAUAUAUAUUUCAAAGCUGUGGAGCGUAUAUGGGAUGAUCCUAUUUGGAGGAUGUCAUUCUGUGCAACACUUCCUGAACGAAGGAAGUGGUAAAUCGUCUUACUGCUCAAUCUUCUGAUAAACAAUAGACUGCUUUAGGUUUUUGUGUGGUGGUAAAACAAUAAAUUGCUUUUGAUUUAUGGUUGUGGAUGUUUAUGGUACUGUCUUUGUUUUAAUUUGUUAUCUAUUGAGGUUUUUUUUAUAACAAACCAAUGAUGGUAUUGAUUAAAUUUAUGAUUGUGGAUGUUAUGGUAUUGCUUUAUGGUA